UACUAUAUGUCUUUAAUCUUUAUAGAAAUCUGUGGUUUUUAUUUAUUGUCUGGUUACGCAAGUUGUAAUUGUACGCACGAGGCACAAUUUAAGCACGAACUAUAGUAAUCUAUCUUAAAUCGUGGUUGUACGGGACGGGCGUUCUUGUUCCUACAUUCUGACUUGCUGAGCGCCUGCGCCAUGCUCUUCUCAUCUUGUGACUUGCAGUUGAAUUUAUACCUAGAUUUUCCAAUUAAUGUCUUUCUAUCGAUCUUUGCCGAACACUGCCUUUUGAGAUUUUGUGCCUGAUACUUGUAAUAAUAAUAAAACAAUUAAAGUUAAUAACGAACGACUCGCAUUUAGAUCGUCGCUCUGACUUUUCGUUCGGUUCGUGGCUCAAAUAUUUACUACUAUAUCAUUAGUAGAGUUUAAGUUCGUCGCAAGACCACUGUACUACUGUAGCCCAGACGGCAUACACUUAACUAGUCUGCCUUAGUCUACACUUAAAUUGGUGUUGACGUGUGGUUCGCGGACCCAUUGCCUCCACUGAUUAGUGCUUGCCUCUUGGUUCGUACUAAGUUGGAUACAACUAGAAAUAAAAAAAAUUUAAAAAUGGAUAUCUACAAUACAUGUCCAUGUAUGCGUCGUGAAAACCCUAAAGACCGUGUAUGUUUUUCUAAUGGUUGUGAUAAGCGCACUGUAUUUACAUUAAGUAAAAUGGCAUAUAAUGCUUGUAUUGACAUUCAGAAAAAAGAGUACAACAGAAUUAGAAAUGCACCAGAAGUUGACAUUCAGAACUGUUGUCGCAAAAUAUUGGAUGCCAUUAAAAGAAAUAUUGAUUUGCCGUAUGAUCCAAAUCAUACAGAAUGUAUCUAUGCAUAUCGUGAGAACUUUAAGGUUGCAUGUUUUGAAGCUGCAAGAGUUGGGCAUAUGGACUGUUUAAGAUUUGCCCAUGAAAAUGGAUUUAAGUGGACCACUAGGACAUCCAAGAGGGCUGCAAAAAAUGGACAUCUUGACUGUUUAGAAUAUGCGUAUGAGCAUGGAUGUCCAUAUAGUGAUACCAUUUUAAAAUACUCUGCCAAAGGUGGACACUUAGAAUGUAUGGAGUACUUAUAUAAAACUGGAUGUAAAUUGACCAAUUUAGCAUGUUCUGCCGCUGCAGAAGGUGGUUUUUUAAAAUGUUUAAAAUUUGCUCAUGAAAUUGGAUGUCGAUGGGGAAUAAAGACAUGCACCAAAGCUGCAGCUGGUGGCUACUUGGAUUGUUUAAUAUAUGCGCACAAUAAUGGAAGUGUCUUAACCUUGAAAACAUGCGCUGCAGCAGCAGGAGGUGGACAUUUGAAAUGUUUAAAAUAUGCACACCGAAAUAGAUGUAGAUGGGAUGAAGAAACAUCUAAUAAUGCUGCACUUGGAGGACAUUUUAAGUGUCUAGUAUAUGCACAAAAACAUGGAUGUCCGCUGGGUCUAAAUAUUUUGGAAAAGGCUGCAAUAGGUGGAAGUUUAGACUGUAUGAAAUACUUAUAUAGAUUAGGAUGUCAGAUAGGAAGAUUAACAUGUGCCACUCCUGCAAAAUAUGGGAACUUAGCAUGUUUAAAAUAUUGCUGUAAAAUUGGAUGUGAAUGGGGAAGAAACGUGUGCACCAAAGCUGCAGCUCAUGGCCACUUAGCAUGUCUCAUCUACGCCCAUGAAAAUGGUUGUAUUAUGACAUGUUCCACGUGCAUGGCCGCUGAGCGAAAUGAACAUUUAGAUUGUUUAAAGUAUGGUCGAAAGUUUGUAAAAUGGCGAGAGUGAGAUGAAGCGUAAGUAAAUACGCUUCAACAUUUUGAUUUAAGAUUAUACUAUUUGCCUAAAAAAUUUUAAUGAGUUUAAACUAAGGGUAUACAUUUUAUGAACAAAACUAAAUUUAAAAUAAAAUUAUAAAGGAGAAAUAAUAAAACAAUUUUCUAAAGUAAUUUUAUGAUAAUGUAUAUAGUAUUAUGUACUAAUCUUGUUAGGUUGAAAUCUCAUUCAGUGUAAUGGACAAUUCUGACCAAUAUGAAAUUAUUUAUGAAAAUGUAUGUCAAAUGUUAUCUUCCUAUAAGAAUGUAUUUAGCUCCCGGGGUAAAAUGUAAAUAUGUGACUAUUUAUAAAUAUUAUGAGUUAUGAUAUGUGUAAUUAGUAUUUACUAUAUUUUGUCUUACUUGCAAAGUGCAAAUUAUUUAAUUUUAUAUUUUAUGUUUAGCAUAUUAAUCUAUUUUGAGUAUUAUUUUAUUUAACCAUCUAAGAAAUAAUUAAUCAACUUUGAAAUUUUAAAGCUGGAUUCACUAUUCAGUGUAAUCACUAAUCACUAACUGAUUAUUUUUUACUUUUGUUUUAUACAUGUAUUUUAGAUGGCCAAUUCUUAAUUAGUUUAAUACAAUGAACAGACUUAUUAUUAGAGGAAAAAGUGAAAAAAAUAAUUUGAUAUGUGGGGUUAAAAGAAAUCAAACCAGAUUUUGACAUUUUAUGGCUAUAAUACAAUUGAAUCUAAAAAAAAAUUAGUUUUUCAAUUCAAGAUAAAUCGGAUGAUAAUUCCUUUAAAAAUAAGUCAAAUAUUUUGAAAAUAGUACUGAAAUCAUUAGUGUUCUAAACAGAAACCUUUUUUAACUACACACAAAAGAUCUAUUCUUCAUAGUUUUGUAAGAUUCCUAAUACAUUUAAGUUUAAAAUAUAAGGCCUCACUAACAUUUAAAUGGAUGUCUCCAUAAUAUUAUGUCAUCAAUAGCAGUGGCGUGGCGAACUAAAAAUUUUCCAGAGGCCAGUUACAAUUAUCCCAAGUAUUUCUGCAUAAUAAUGUAUAAAUGUAAUAUAACAAGUUAUAUUUCAGAUCGUUAUUGACUACCUAUUGAGAAUAUCAAAUUAAAUUUACUAGGGGACCCACUGGCUACCAACUACCCCUUUCUUUAAGAAAAAUUUCAGAGGCCAAGGCCUCUGAAAUUACCAUUCGCCACGCCACUGAUCAAUAGGUAUGCUUAAUAACUAUAAAAUAAUGUUAUAAUUUAUUUCAACACCCCUACUAAAGACAUGGUUAGGAAUGUGGGGGAGGAAAUAAGCCAACAAUUAUGUUAUAAGCCUCGCCAAAUGUUUUUUGUGAUUAUAGAUUACUUAUAGUACUUAUACCCUAUUGAUUUUUGAUAGUUAAUAAUAAUAAGUUACUUUAUAAGUUAAAAGUUUUAUAGAAAAACAAUUGUAUUAUUGUUAGUACAUACCUGUAAAAAUUACUUAAGAGUUAAAAUAAUGUAGAGUGAAGUACAUGCUGAUGGGAUCAGGGAGGGGGGGGGGGUGGAAAUUCAAACCACCCACUUAUUAUUUUUUUUACCAUAUGUAUAUUUGUAUGAAACAAAAUUAAAAAAAUAUUUUGAUGUAUAAUAUACAUACGAAUAUAUUUUAUUUAUAUAAUCACUCCCAAUAAAAAUAUCUGUGUACUCUACUAGUAAUGUAUGUUAAUAUGUUCUGUAUAUUGUUAUGUAAAACUGUUCAGUGUUCAUAGAAAUUUAUAUAUAUUAUUACAAAUUACAAUUGACAAUAACACUUCAAAUCCUAUUUAUCAUCUGUAACUAUUUACAAGUACAAUAAUUAUUGUUACCUAUGUGAAGUUUUUAUCACUACACUAAUAAAUUUUUAAUAAUAUAAAAUGUCAAUAUAUAAAUAAA